AUGAUUGAGGCAAAAACCAGACACGUUGACUGGUCAGAUGUUGAUGAAGACACGUUUACUCGGCUAUGUGAAUUUGCUUACCUCCGAGACUACACACCCCCGACGGCUCGCUUGAUUGAUGGCAGCUACACACCCCCGACGGCUCGCUUGAUUACCGGCAGCUCUCCUUCCACAAAGGCUAAAAAGGCGGCUAGGAAAAAGAAAAAGAGUCGCUCGGAUUUCAACUGGAACUGGGCAGUUAGGCCUGCCGAGCCUGAAGCCGAGCCUGAACCCACAGAGUAUCCACGUGAAGCCGAGCCAGAGAUGCCUCCACUUGAAGCUGAGCCAGAGAUGCCUAUGCCUCCACCUGGAUCUGAGCCGGACGUGUCUCCACCCGAAGUUGCCUGUGACGAUCCAGAAAUUCCGUACAAAGAGAGAAGCGUGUGGACUAGGCAAUUGUGCGGUACAUUCGAGCAGAGCCUUGUCGUUCCUAGUUCGCAUCCCACCGAUUCGAACUAUGCUUUCAAGCCACCUCAAAAUACCGGGUCCUGGGAAGACUUCACCCCUGUGUUUCUCGAACAAGCUCGACUAUACGUGUUGGCCGACAAAUAUGGCAUAGACUCAUUGUGCGAACUUGUAUUGUCUAAGCUGCAUCGGACACUAGCAAGCUUCAAACUUUAUGAUACGGGAGUCAGUGGUGUCAUUGAACUUGUUCGUUUUGUCUAUAUGAACACACGACCAUCUUACGGCGAAAAUAUUGACGCGAUGAGGAAUUUUGUAACGCGUUACGUUGUUUCUGUUCUUGGUCAAAUUGGUGAGAAUGCAUAUUUCCGAGAGCUUUUAGAAGACGGUGGUCCUUUCGUCAACGAUUUCUGGAAAAUCAUUUGGGGAAUCGACAACAACUCUGGCGCACCUCAGUAA